AUGGUGACACUGAUGCCGUGUAGCUACCUCGGCGGCGCGUCCCCGAGGUGCAGCUUGGACCACACCGAACCAAAGGCAAAAAGGGCAAGACCUGAUACAGGCACCGAUGUCCGAUUAUCGGGCGAAACCAGCACAAGCCCCUGCGAGUCUGAGUCAACCUCCGAAUCGCCGCCAUCUUUGUUGCAAGAUGCAACUCUACCCGCGCUUUUAGUGUCGGGAGCGUCGACGUUGUUUCAAGCCACCACGUCGACCAGUUCCGCGCUGAGUCUCACGGACGGGCUGAGCUUGCCCCAGGAGGACUGUGGCUUGGCUAAUGGUUGCGCGAAUGCUGCCUUGAGCGGGCUGGCCCUACCGCUUACGUCAUCUGGCGGCUUGUGUUCAACGACGUCGUCGUCCGCCGUCGCCUGGUUGAUGAAUGACGAUAGUACAGGUGGUGGCGUCAAGAGUGAGGUGCGCAGCCCAGGGCUGUGCGAAGCAGACGUGGCUCUGUACGGCGAGACGCUGCCCUACGACCAGUCCGCGCUGUCCUACCAGUAUUAUAAUAGCAUGCAGCAGUAUGGCGGCGGAGGUGCGGCCUCGUCUUACGUCAGCUCCACAUUGUACAACCAGCCUUACGCUGCCUACCCGCCACCGCACAACACUAAUAAUAGGUCAUCAUGUAAAGCAACACCGACUUACCUGAGUGCUUACGGCGUUAGCAGCGUGGGUACGGUACCGAGCUCUGGUUUCGGUACGCAGCCCUCUCCAUAUGCGUAUUCGUCAUACAACGGCGGUUUGGCGCAGUCCUUCCCUAAUGCACAACAGGACUACAGCAGCUACGCAUCAGGGUAUGCGGAUCACAGCGUUGCACAAUAUGGCGGAUAUUAUGCUGCCCCUAGUUACUCUCCAUACGUAAGCUCGCCUAGUAGCAGUGGAAGUGCCGGUCAUACAUCAUAUCACCUUGGUGGAGGUUUAUCAGAUUCACCAUCCUCUAUGGUACCAUCAUUAAAUGACGCAAGUCCACUGUCACCAAUCAAAAAUGAAGUACAUGCUGCAAGUAGAAGAUGUAGAGAGAACUCAGGUGAGAGCACAGCAAGCAGAUCAAGAGGCAGAGGAAGGCGUAAUACAUCAUCAUCUCCUGCUCAACAUGUACCAGAACCAUCUACAGAAAGGGUCUUUAUCUGGGACCUAGAUGAGACUAUAAUCAUAUUCCACUCUCUACUCACUGGAACUUAUGCUACAAAGUACAACAAGGACACACAGCAAAUUGUUCAGUUGGGUUUUAGGAUGGAAGAGAUGAUUUUUAGCUUGGCUGAUACACAUUUCUUUUUCAAUGAUGUUGAGGAUUGCGACCAGGAACACAUAGAUGCUGUGGCGGCAGACGACAAUGGUCAAGACCUGUCUGCAUAUAAUUUCGCCUCGGAUGGCUUUCACGCAAGCGCCGCUACCAGCGCUGGCUUAUGCGCGCCUGGUAUGCGAGGAGGCGUUGAUUGGAUGAGGAAACUCGCGUUUAGAUAUAGAAAAAUCAAAGACACCUACAAUAAUUACAGAAAUAGUGUGGGUGGAUUAUUGGGACCAGCAAAAAGAGAGCAAUGGCUUCAGCUUCGAGCUGAACUCGAACAAGCCACAGACAACUGGCUGACAUUAGCGUGCAAAUGUCUAAAUAUGAUCAAUUCCAGAGAAAACUGCGUAAAUGUCCUUGUAACAACUACACAGCUAGUUCCUGCAUUAGCUAAAGUCUUACUAUUCGGACUUGGAGGAGUGUUUCCCAUUGAGAAUAUUUACUCUGCAACUAAAACAGGUAAAGAAACAUGCUUCGAGAAAAUAAAGCAGCGCUUCGGUGACCGUUGUACGUACGUUGUGAUUGGCGACGGCCAGGACGAGGAAGCGGCCGCGAAGGCGAAGAACUAUCCCUUCUGGAGGAUCUCCAGUCAUUCAGAUAUCGCUGCACUUUACAACGCGUUGGAUAUGGGUUUCUUAUGA